AUGAGACAAUGUGCAGCGCUGCGACGUAGCAGUGCUACCUGUCGACAUGAAUUCAUACGACUAUACAGCUCGGCGACACAACCGCCUCAACAUGACCAUGAUGCGACGAACGAACGAUCCGAGAGCUUUAGCAUCGAUCCAGAUGGCAAGACAGUCAAGACAGCCGUGGGCGAUCUUCCCUUGUCGCCUGUGAUGGAUCCAACUUUUUGGGAGGCAAGAGACCGUUUCAAACAGCAGAAGCCCAAGCCUGGGAAACUCAGAAAUGUCUUUGAGAGGAGAUUCCAGAAAAAUCCAUUUGCUCAAGCGCUUGCUACUCCUGUCCGAUACGAUAGCAUGACAAGACUCCGCUUGCCCUCAUUCUUCCUGCAAGAUUUCAAUGUCGUCCUACAUCCCGAGACUGGCAAACCGUGGUGGGUGUCGAAGAGCCUUGCCCUGCAUCAGCCUCCUGCCGAGGACGCUGCAGCCGAGGCCGAUGAUGCAGUCGCAGAAGUCACAAUAGAAGACGAUAUGGGUGGAGUGGCAGAAGCAGCAGUGGACCUAAGCGUCAAACCAGUCGAUUUACCAGGGCCACAAGACGCGGUAUCAUCAGCAACACAGUCGAACGAACCACCAGAAAGCACAAGUGCAGGCCCUUCUACCUAUGUAUUAGCGCGCCAAGAUGUUAUCAAAUCGAUGGCACCAGUUAAGAAGAGCCGCCGCAAUACUGCGCCAGAGGGUGGCAACUCGGAAUUUUACCGUAAAUUUUUUGGCUCCAGCAACUCAAAGUUCAAGCCUCUGGGAGCAAAAGCUAUCUGGCGGGAAGAUAUGGACCAGUUCGUGUUACAACAGAUGCGCGAGCAAGUUGUCCAGGACAUAUUGUACCUUUCGAUGAUGUGCGAAACGGACAAACGCUACUACAUUGUCAAGUGUUUUGGCUGGGACGACGUCAAAUUUAAACACAAGGGCGCCGUGCUCUGGUUUGGACAUGACAGCGAGCAAGUCAAACCAGGACCAUUUUCAACAUUCGAUCUUAGCUCCGAGAAGGGUAAAGUAAGCCUCGUCGUGCACAACAUGCCCAUGUUGCUUGGACAGGAAUUGGCAGACAAGGUCAAGAUGCAAGGAGGAGUAUUGCAGGACGGAUCUAUUUUUAUGCUGGCCGGAAGGAGAACCACUGACUUGCAACUAAGACUUUGGAAGUUGCAAGGCUAUAUAUACGAUUUUAAUGGGUUGCUCAUGGAUGCAUCUCUACCGAGCCGAGCCGACUGA